AUGAUACGCAAGCGAGGUUACGCUAUUCGUGGGAAAAUGGCUGCUAUUCGCGGUGAAUUUGAGCGAAAGCCACGGGGCACAUGUGACCGAGUGGAGUUCACAAAAUGCUGUCAAGAUUUCGUACAUUGCCCAAGUGGACCGGUUCGUCAAUACCCUGGUCGAAAUUCAGUCUGGAUCUUGGAUGGCGCUACUAUUCACAGGCACCCAGAGGGUGUGCACUACCUUCGCAGUGUUGACUUCCUGUUUGGCUACGUCAAGCGCUCAUUCCAGCGACACUACCUCGAAUCUAGUGGGCGUGAUCUUAAGCCUUUUGUUGUCCAGACAUUUCACCGGUUCCGACGAUACAAUCUCAGCAAGGUAUUUCAGCACUGUGGAUGGAAUAUUCAAGGUUACUUUGAUCCUGUUGGGCCUCUUUCGAUUGAAAAGCGAACGCAACCAGAACUCAACACAAUGACGACCAGAAAUGAUGACUUGGAGUUUACUGUGCUUGAUGAGGAAUCGUAA